AGUCAAGAGUAAGUACCAGAAAAACUAAGGCCAGGAUGCGGAGAAAUAUGGUGAUUACACAUCUACUUACAUUUCUUCAAAUCUUGUUCAUCUUGUAAAUACUCAAGGAGCCCACAAGCUACAGGUUUAUGGACGCAGUUACUUUCUUGCCAAUCACCAACAUGCCGCACCUGAACUGUUCCCUCGAAGAUCUUUACGCAACUGGUGCACCAGUUUUCAGUGAUGUAGGCUGCCCCGAGGCCGCUGUGGUGUGUGGGAUGAAUAUCUCCUGGGUGUUGGCAAACGCCACUAAGCAAGAUCUGGAUGACAUAUGUUUGAGGGAAGAGGAGUACCUGGCCAAGCACCUCGGGCCUCUUAGGUCCCCUGUGUUCUUUCCCGUCUGUGUCACCUACCUUGCCAUCUUCGUGGUCGGCGUCCUGGGCAAUUCUUUGACCUGUGCAGUCAUUUUACACUACAGGGUGAUGCAGACGCCCACCAACUACUACCUGCUGAGCCUGGCAGCGUCUGACCUGCUGGUGCUGCUGCUGGGCAUGCCGUUAGAGCUCUAUGACCUGUGGCAGAACUACCCCUUCCUGCUUGGGGAGGGGGGCUGCUACUUCAAAACCUUUCUGUUUGAGACCGUCUGCUUCGCCUCAAUCCUCAAUGUCACUGCACUCAGUGUGGAACGCUACGUGGCGGUGGUCCACCCCCUAAAAGUCAAACACAUGACCACGCAUGCCCACGUUAAGAGGGUCAUCUUCAUGCUUUGGGUGCUGUCCAUGCUGUGUGCUUUGCCAAACACCAGUCUACAUGGGAUUACGAUGCUGCCUCCAAAGUUUGGACGACAGUUUCCUCGAUCUGCAAUUUGCCAUGUGGUCAAGCCCACCUGGAUGUACAACCUGAUCAUCCUGAUUUCCAUGCUGGUCUUCUUCCUGCUCCCGAUGCUGAUAAUCAGCAUUCUCUACCUGCUCAUUGGGUUGAAGCUCCGCAGGGAGAGGAUAAUGACCAUGGUGGACACCAGGUGUGGCUUUGGACCGGAAAGUCUCUCCAGGCCCCAUAAGCAGAAACUGAGCCAACGCAACGUGCAAGUCACCAAAAUGCUGUGUGUGUUGGUGGUUGUGUUCGGCCUCUGCUGGGCUCCCUUCCAUGUGGACCGCUUGGUGUGGAGCUACAUCAACACCUCGUGUGAGGAGCACCUCAAGAUCUUCGAGCACGUCCACAUCGUCUCCGGAGUUUUCUUCUACCUCAGCUCCGCCAUCAACCCCAUCCUUUACAACCUCAUGUCCACCAGGUUCAGAGAAAGGUUCAGUCACAUAACGUGUUACUCUAACAGCUGGCCGAUACACUCCAGCUUACAGAUGGCCCAACGCAGCACCAUGAGCGAGAAAAUGCCCAACAGUAUAAAAAAGACUUAGGGUCUUCUGAGCAAAGGAAAUCCGAGAACAUUAUAAACAGAUGGUUGACAAUCAAAAGAAAAAAUUGAGUAACUGAAUGGAGGAAUACAACAUAUACAUGGCACAAGGGGUCACUGAAUGCUUUGAUGCAUCUGACAAGGGUGUGAGUAAGAAGGUGACACGGGAGUAGAUUUUCACUCUUGUCCUAUCCCACUCCCACAAAAAUACUCCUGUCCCAUCCCAAUUGUGGAAGAAUGACUCCCGUCCCAUCCCAUUUCAUCCCUUUACACAUCUUAAAAACAACGUACGGACCUUUAACAACGUCACUCUCGACUCUUUGGGACAUCUUUAAAACUUUAGACUCACCUGAAAGCUCUGUCAGUGUGAUACGCAGAUCAUUGACCUUUACUCUGCCUUGCAAUGCUGUCUUCCCCCGAUUUGACUCUUACUCCAUUGUUGGCAAUGACAUUUUUUCGGUGGUUGCACCAUGGGUCAUCAGUCCACACAAGUCAUGCAACCAACCAGCAAUUAGCCAGCAGAUGGGAUAGAAUAAAAAAAAGAAUAAAAAAGACAACAGAAUAACAAGCAUUAUGUUUAAAAUAAAGAAAAUAGCAUUCAUUCAUGACAGAACUGAAUAUUUAUAUAUAAAAACUGACCUAUUGUUAUUAUGAUUCCCGUCUCACCCUCUCCCGUUUACUUUUUUCCUUUCCCGUCCCAGUCACACGAUGAAUAGUGAGCUUGACUCCCGUCCUGCAAGAAUCCCACAGGAAUACUGUGAGCCACAGAAUUCCUGAAAUAUGUCAACCUCUAGUGGGAAUCUUAUUCUGUGGCCUAUGGCGAUGCCAGAUCUGAUCGAAACUGAACAACUAUGGGAGGUUUUGGACCCACCACCACCACCAUCAUCGACACACUAAAUUAGAGGAUAUCUUUUGAAAGACUUUUGUUCAUUCCUCCAAGAGUGAGACUUAGAAUCAAAUCAAAUCAAAUCAAAUCAGAAUCAAAUACCAACUAGAGAGAGGACCUGAAUGAAGUGAAAAGAUGACAAAGUCAAUGCUUAGAUGAACAAUGUAAUUAUCAUAUAAAUGACACAGCAGUAUUUUUAUGCAUUCGAAAUGUAACCCAUAAACUGUCACAAAAGUAAAUAAUUUUCUGUUUGUGUAGUAUGUAUUGUAUGUACUGUAUAAUGUGAAGCUUAACAUUAACAUUACAUAACAUUACAGCUCCGAGUGCAAACAUCAACACGCUGUCAGAGCAAAGAAUGAACGCACAAUGGCUCCUGUUUCAAAGCGACGACCUCUUGUCUGGGAAUGAAUCAGAGGUGGACAUGAAAGUUAAUUAAGGGAAACUGGAAUAAUCAUACAAUGGUUUGACCAUGGUAUUUAUAAUCAGUCACGAAGCUGAUUAGUCAGAUGACUUUG